AUGUUUCUAUCCGGAAAUAAUGUUUGUUACCUUAAUAUUUUGUUUAUUAUCGAGCAUUUAGUGGUUCCUAAUAUUUUAGUGUUUAAAGUCAACUAUCUUGGUCUGAAUGAAGAGAAAAACUGUGUAAUUAAUAUGAGGUUACUGCCAGCAAUAGGAUCUCUCAGACGACUUCCCUCUGUGUGUAGCUGGUGCAGGAACAGCCACACAGACAUCCACACCUCAUUCAGUCCUGACUCGGUGACUAAGGAUAAGUACAAUGGACUAACAGUAGACCUCAACAUAUCACACUCACUUACCUCAGAAGAAUUCAGGACCAUUCUCUCAGAUUCAAUCCAGAAAUGGCGAAAUCAGGGUAGGUCUGCCAUAUGGAUUAAAGUGCCAAUUCUCCAGAGUCACCUGAUUCCUGAGGCAGCCAAUCAGGGCUUUGAGUUCCACCACGCUGAGCACCACCAUUCCCUGCUGAAGCUGUGGCUACAAGAGGACAAGGAGGAUCUCACACCGCGAUUCGCCACGCACCAAGUUGGUGUCUCAGGGCUGGUGAUUCGUGAGGACACGGGACAGGUGCUCGCCAUACAGGACCGGAACAGUCAGUUUAAUUUAUGGAAGUUCCCAGGGGGUCUCUCCAAUCUGGAGGAAGAUAUCGGUGACACUGCAGUCAGAGAAGUAUUCGAAGAAACGGGAAUAAAAUCAGAAUUCCUGUCCAUGUUGGCCCUCAGACAACAGCACAAACAGCCGGGAGCUUUCGGGAGAUCAGACAUUUUUAUCGUGUGUCGUUUACGACCUUUAACCUUUGACAUUCGACCUUGUUCCCGUGAAAUAAAAGCAUGCCAAUGGAUGGACAUUGCAGAAGUACAAAAACGGAGCGGGUUCUCGGCAUUCAUGAGGAAAGUGACUGGGAUGGCGAUGUAUGGUAUUCAACAUGGGUUCCAGGAUCUGGACAUUAAGUAUGAAGAAAUGGAGUCGGUUUAUAAAGGACUUCGAUAUAAACUGUACCACCGACCCGUACCGUCAGACACACAGACAAGGGGAAUUACUCGCCGUGAUAGCAUCAACGCAGGCCGUGCUCUUUUAAAGUUUAGAUAGACACAGGUUCUUUAAAACUCCAUGCAGGUUUUAUAUUUGAAUAAAAUUGUUUAUUCACUA